UUGUCAUCUACUCUUUUAUCUAACUCGCUCCUCCUCCUCCUCCUUCUCCUUCUUCUUCUCCUUCUCCUUUAUUUAUUUUCUCUCUCCUAAUCAAUUAAAGCUCUUGUCAUCUUCAUCCUUUUGCUUUUAAUUCUUUACAACAAAAAAUCUCCAUUACCAACUCUCCAUUUCCCUUUUUCUCAACUGGCUUGCCAACUUGAUAUACACACACUUGAGCUAAAGCCUCGCUGCAGUCAUGGAUGAAACUACUGAUCAUCGUGGUCUCUCGGCCAAAUUAGAUUCAGAGGCUUCCGAGCUUGAAUCGCCAGCAACUCCCGCAUCUAAGAGGAGGAAAUUGGUUGAGAAGCAUGUUGUUAGAGUUAAGACUGGAGAAAAUGUUGGGAAGCUUAAAAAUGAAGGGCCACCUUCAGAUCUUUGGUCAUGGAGGAAAUAUGGACAGAAACCCAUCAAAGGAUCUCCUUAUCCAAGAGGCUAUUACAGAUGCAGCACAUCGAAGGGUUGUUCAGCAAAAAAACAAGUGGAAAGAUGCAGAACAGAUUCUUCAUUCCUCAUCAUAACCUACACUUCCAGCCAUAACCAUCCAGGUCCUGAUAUAGACAUGACCAAUACCGACCCGAAACCCGAAACCCAAACCCAAUUACCCACCCGAGAAGAUGAUCCUCCAACCCCAAAACAAGAACCCACUACCACGAGAGAUGAUGAUCAAGAUCAGGAAACCCACGACGACGAUCAUCAUCAAUAUCACAGCUUUCAGUACUUACAACCAACAUUAAACGAGUCGGAAGACGGUAUAAUAAUCAACCAAGACGACGAUCCGAUAAUAAAUCCAAACGAAAAACUGGAUUUUCUCUUGGUAGAGGAGCCGCUCAUCCCUUCUUGCUCUCAUCUCCUGAAUCUAUCAAGCAGCACUGAGAAAUCAGAAGAGAACGAUUUUUUUGACGAGCUUGAAGAGCUGCCUUGCACUUCUUCUUCAUCCGGCUUCAGAAGCUUCAUGGGAAUUGGCAAUGUUUUUGAUGAGAGGAUUCCUGUUGUGCCUUCUUGAUCUAGGCGCUCUGAGAUAUCUGACGCAUGUAUCCAUGGAAAUUAAAGAUCGAAGCAAAUGUAAAUUAAUUAAUUAAAAAUAUUUAUAUACAUAUAUAUAUAUAUAUAUUUAUAUGAGAGAUGCCCUAUAGCAGCUACUUAUAGGUCUUUUUCUAGUA